AUGCGGCCAGAUAUCUCGAAGCCCGUCGCAAUUGGGAAGCCUCUGCAGAUCAAUACAGACUUCAGCGCGCCCAACACGCCGUCGAGCGGGAGCUCUGAGGCGAGCCAGAGCCGGCAUGACGGGGCGGUGGUGAGCCGGGGCGCGAUCAUCGAGCGGAUCCGGCAGCAGCGGGGGACGUUCUGCGGAGAGGUGCAGUGGUGCAGCAACCUCUCGCUGGACGACUGGCGGACGCACUUCCUGGAGAUCACGGAGCGCGGCGUGCUGACGCACGCCCUGGACCGGGACUCGGUCGCGAACCUGCAGUCGACAGUGCAGCGGCAGGAAUCGCUGAUGGGGCGGGCGCCCUCGGCGUCGGCCAUGGCGUCGCAGAACUCGCGCGCGCCGAUCAUCAAGCACCUGCAGGCGUGCUCGCUGCGGCUGCUGAACAACCACCACGGCCCGUUUCCCAUCCUCGAGGUGGGCACCUACCACAACAAGAUAUACCUGCGCAUACGAGAGCAGCGGACGUUUCUGGACAUGUUUUCCUCGCUGCUAUUCUGGAAGUCGCUGCAGUCGACGGGCGUGUUCAGCAAGUUUUCGGUGGUGGCGCCGAUAUUCAAGGCCAUCCCGGAGCCCACCAACCUUCUUGUGUGCCAGUUUAAAAUAUACGGACCUUUGCCGCGGAACAAGCACGUUCCGCUGCUGUCGAUGAAGCGGCCACCGCUGCCCGAUAACGUGGCACACUCUCCCGAGGAGGGCUGGUUUGCUGCGAUGGGCAUGUUGGGCUCUGAUGGAGUGCUGGACUUACUUUUGCAGAGCGAUGGGUCGUUACUCUAUUCCAUAGAUAUCAAGAGGCUGCUGCGUUCCGAAAUCCAGAUCAUGGAUUCCUCGAUCCUACAGAAGGACACAUUCAUGUUCAUUGGGAUACUGCCGGAGUUGAGGAAGCAGCUAGGCAUCUCCAGCAAGGACUCGAUGUUUAUCUCGCGCAUGCGGACCGGAACGGUGCCCCGCCUGUUUUUGCAGUUCCCUCUGAGAAUUGAUCUCGAAGACUGGUAUGUCGCCCUCCACUCGUUCGCGAUGCUGGAGGUACUCUCUCUUAUUGGCACUGACAAAUCAAACGAGCUGCGCGUAUCUAAUCGAUUCAAAGUCAAUAUAUUGGAGGCGGACCUGCGCAUGCUGGAAAUGGAGAGAAAACGCAAGAGAUCUAUGACAGAGCACAGUGACGGCGAACAGGCAAAGCCAAAUACCUAUUCAUUUUAUGCUACUGUAUCUAUAUGGAAUCAGCAGGUUGCCAGGACUUCCAUCGUUUCAGGAAAAUACACGCCAUUCUGGCGCGAGGAAUUUGACUUUAAUUUUUCUGUUAAAGCGAAUAAUAUGCGAGUGAGUAUUAGGGAGAGUACCGGUGAUAAUACAGACUAUUCUGAUAAUGAUACAUUACUUGGAUACAUUGAAAUCUCCCAGGAUAUGAUUAACGAUACGGAAUUGAACAAGGAAACCAGGCUGCCGAUUUUUGCCAUUGACAAUAAGAGUUUCCAAUUAGGCACUAUUUGCAUCAAGCUGGCAUCGAGUCUAAACUUUGUUUUACCAUCAAUUAAUUUUUCCAAAUUCGAAUCUGUAUUAAAAGAAUUUGAUUUACAGGUCAUGACUAACUAUGUUUACGAUACCGCAAUUGCUGACGACCUAAAACUCGAUGGGAUAUCGAACGUGUUUCUGGACGUUUUCCAAGCCAUUGGUCGUGAGAAUGACUGGUUUCAAGCACUGAUCGAAAAAGAAUUGGCAAAGUUUGAUAAAUCCAUCCUCACAAAUAAUCAGAAUAGUGCUCCAUCGACUCAUAUCUACAACUCGCUAUUCAGAGGAAAUUCAAUUUUAUCUAAAUCAAUAGAAAAGUACUUCAACAGGAUUGGUCAGGAGUAUCUGGAUAAGUCCAUUGGGGGUAUUAUUAGGAGGAUUGUCGCGGAGGAAGACAUGUGCGAAUUGGAUCCGGCGAGGAUUAAGGAACCGGACGAGAUCAAGAAGCGCGUUAUCUUGGAGACAAACCAGGCCAAGCUAAUUUCAUGGGCGAAAGAAAUCUGGCACAUAAUUUACAAAACAUCUAAUGACUUGCCCGAUGCAAUUAAGGUGCAGCUAACACAUAUUAGGAAGAAGUUAGAGAUAGUUUGUGGGGAUUCCAACCUGAAGACCGUCUUAAAUUGUAUCUCAGGGUUUUUAUUUUUGAGGUUUUUCUGUCCAGUACUGUUAAACCCAAAAUUAUUUCACAUAGUCGAAGACCAUCCGGACGAGCAAAAGAGACGGCUUUUCACGCUUCUGACCAAAGUAUUAAUGAAUUUAUCCACACUUACGAUGUUUGGCCCUAAGGAGCCGUGGAUGAAUAACAUGAACCACUUCAUCCAGGAACAUAAGGACGAGCUGGUAGAUUAUAUCGACAAAGUUACUCAGCGGAAGUUGGAUUUCAACAAUAAAAUUUUGAAGCUGAGCAACACUGUCGCAAGGCCGAAAUUGGAUAUGAACAAGGAAAUAAUGAGAGAGCUAGCGACUAAUCCGUACCUAAUUGAACGUUAUCUCCGGGAAACGGAGCUAGUGAAUGCGUUUGUGACGUACAGACAUAAAAUAUCGUCUUUGAAUCGGCUGGAUCUUAAACCUGUUACAAUGGAUCAGAUCUCAAGGGAACUCCAGUCGCUUCCUAUAUCACCAACAGACACACCUAAUCUAAGGAUUGGAGAGUUAGAAUUUGAGAAGAUUACCGAAAAUAAUGUAGAGGUCUUUGGCCAGGACAUGCUGAAAUACUUGGAUAAUGAUGAUUCGUCGAUAAAAAAACAAGGUAGAGCAUUGACACCAGAAGACAAUGCCGAUUUGACUAUGCGGUUAGAACAGGAGUCUGACUUGUUGUUCCAUAAGAUAAAACAUUUGACUACUGUAUUAUCAGAUUAUGAAUACCCGAGCGAUAUUAUACUUGGGAAGUCCGAGUACGCGACAUUUUUAGUGGAAAGCGUAUACUACGAUUCCCAGCGAUCUUUAUCACUUGAUUGUGACAAUAUGUUUGCGAAGCGUGAUGGCUUUACAAAGCUUUUCCAAAAUGCACAAACUGUUAAUGCAUUUUUUUCACCAGUAAAAGACGCAGAGAGCUUGAAUGCUUUCAUAAAAAGUAUAGAGUCUACGACACCUGUUGAAGAUUCUCAAGAAAACAAGAAUAUGAAGGGUAAACUCACCAGGAAUUCACCCGCAAGAAAUACGAAACUUUCAAGAUGGUUUAAAAAGGUCUCCUUCUAG